AAAAAUCAUUUUCAUCUCUAAUCUGGCAAAGUGACGCUCCUUUCCACUUUUUCCUUAUUGGCUCCAUUCUUUUCCAUAAUCUCCCUCUCAAUUCUACUUCCUCUUCAUCGAUCAUCACGCUUCACAAUCACAUCACCAGGUCAAUUUCCUUUCCAUUUUCAUUUCAUUUUUGCAACUCAACCUCUUACGUUGCGCACUCUUUCAUAAUCACGUUUCGCCAUUUAACUUAUCCAAUAAUCGCAAUAGCUGAAUUUCAUAAUAACGAUUUGUAGUGGUUAAUUGUCAACGUCACAAGUGCUUUCAAAUCACUUGUUUAGUUCUGUAAUUGAAAUUCAGUUACUGAAUUACUAUCGUUUUAACUGAAUGCGACAAUGGCAUCACGAGAUUCCGAUUUCCUGAAGAACUUUUGGAUCCCGAAUCACGUUCUUGUGCCGGAUUCUGAGGUUGAUGAUGGCCAGAUCGAUGGCGAUGGACCGAAAUGUCCGGUGCUUGUUUUUGUUAACUCUAAGAGUGGUGGUCAGUUAGGCGGAGAGCUCUUGAAAACGUAUCGCGCACUUCUCAAAGAAAAACAGGUUUUUGAUUUGGGGGAAGAGACUCCUGAUAAGGUUUUGAGUAGAAUCUAUGCUAAUUUGGAAAACCUCAAGGUUCGGGGUGAUCCGCUUGCUAUAUCCACUCUGGAGAGACUCAGACUAAUUGUUGCAGGAGGUGAUGGAACAGCUGGCUGGUUGCUUGGAGUUGUUUGUGAUCUCAAAUUAUCUCAUUCGCCCCCCAUAGCCACGGUUCCCUUGGGCACAGGGAAUAAUCUACCAUUUGCAUUUGGUUGGGGGAAGAAAAACCCGGGAACCGAUGAACAAUCUGUUUUGUCAUUUCUAGAACAAGUAAUGAAAGCUAAGGAAAUGAAAAUUGACAACUGGCACCUUCUUAUGCGGAUGAAGACUCCGAAACAUGGUGCUUGUGAACCUAUUGCACCUCUUGAUUUGCCCCAUUCUCUGCAUGCCUUCCAUCGUGUGUCAGAGACAGAUGAACUUAAUAUAAAAGGUUGCCAUACUUUUCGAGGUGGAUUUUGGAAUUACUUCAGCAUGGGAAUGGAUGCUCAAGUGUCUUAUGCAUUUCAUUCUGAACGAAAAUUGCACCCUGAAAAAUUCAAAAAUCAGUUGGUUAAUCAGAGCACUUAUGCUAAGCUUGGAUGCACACAAGGAUGGUUUUUAGCUUCUUUAUUCCAUCCUCCAUCCAGGAACAUAGCACAUAUGGGAAAAGUCAAAGUCAUGAAAACACAUGGUCAUUGGGAGGAUCUAGAAAUACCUUCCAGCAUCCGAUCAAUUGUAUGCCUUAACUUGCCUAGCUUUUCUGGUGGAUUCAAUCCAUGGGGUACACCAAACAGAAGGAAGCAACGUGAUAGAGAAUUUACACCUCCAUAUGUAGAUGAUGGUCUUAUUGAAGUUGUUGGUUUUCGAGAUGCCUGGCAUGGACUUGUUUUGCUUCAUCCAAAUGGUCAUGGAACUCGCCUUGCUCAGGCAAAAAGAAUCCGCUUUGAGUUUCACAAAGGUGCAGCAGAUCAUACAUACAUGAGGAUUGAUGGGGAGCCUUGGAAGCAACCUCUCCCAGUUGAUGAUGAUACUGUUUUGGUUGAGAUUUCGCAUCACGGCCAAGUUAACAUGCUUGCCACUCAUGAAUCCAAGUCUAAAAGUGUGAAUGAUCCAUCAUCACCUUAUCAUCAUGAUGCUGAAGACGACGAUGAUGAAGACAGUUUAGCAGAUGAAUUUCGAAAGUUUGGUGCAGCUGAAUCAUUCAAAAUCCCAGAUGAGGUAGAUAUUGCUCAUCUCAGUUAGGUUUUCCCCUAUUACACCAUUCUUUAACAUUAUGCUGUUGACAUUGCCGAGCCAGUUGCUUAAACUUAUGUGUGUUUAUUUAACGUAGCCUCCAUCAAUUUUAUCACAUGUUUGCUAAAUUCUAGCAGCGUUAUGUCUGCAAACAUGGUGAUUGUAAUUUAGAAUUGAGAAUGCAAUAAUUGAUUUUUUCUGAACA